CAUAAACAAAAAAAUUUGACUACUUUAAUUGGAGUUGAUGAAGAAGUUUUAAAUGAAAUUUCUGAGAUAUAUUUAUUAAAAUUGUCUCGUUUAUUUAUUGAAUUUACAUUUGAAGAAGUAAAUUUGGAUGGUGUCUCUAGAUGUAAGAAUCUUCAACAUUUGAUGAUUGAUGCAAAAUUUGAUCAAACUGAUUUUAAAAUAUGGAAGAACUUCUUUUCUAAUACUCAAAUGAAUGAUUUAGAGACUUUUAUCCUUCUUUGUAACACAUCAAUUAUUUAUGAAGUGCCUCCAUUUAUACGAACAACUCAUAAUAAUCUUCGCGUGUUUCAUUGUUUUAUUACUAAAGAUUAUCAAUUGAUAAACCACGAAAAUAUUAGAAUUUUAUUUGAAACAAUUGCGACAUCUUGUUAUAAUUUAUUGUCUUUUCUUUUCACAAUUUAUUCUGAGGAAAUUAUAAAUGAUUUAAAAAUUAUUCUAAUAUCAUGUGAAAAAUUACAAGAAUUAAUUCUACAUUGUGAAGGUUUCCGGACUUGUGGUCAUCUUUCCAUACUUGGAAAAAUAAUUCCUUCUAAUUUAAAGAUCUUAAAUAUUAAUAAUAUGAUAUAUUGUAAGAAUGAUUUACAUAAUCUACUAACGGGAUGCUAUGAGAAUGGAAUAAGAAAUUUGGUAUUGGAUCUUACUGACACUGAAUUUGGAGGUAACUAUUCAAGCUUAUUAGAAAUAUUAGAAUUGUUUAUAGGCAAUGGGACUUUAUUAAAAGGGAAUCUUCCUUGAAUGAUAUUCUCUUAGAAAAAGGCAAGAUGGAAGGCGCAGGAACAUAUAAAUAUGGAGGUAAAGACGAAAUAUUUUAGUUAAUUUGCAAUAAUUCAAGGCUUCAAGCUUCUAUUCUCUUUUGUACUGUCCAAAAUCUCUCAGAAAUGUUGUCAAUAUUUUGUUAACAAUCUAAUCAGAAAGACUUGCGGAAUAUUUUAUUGUCAGCUAAUAUAUAAAGAUAAAAUCUUAAUUAUACUAUAGAGAUGAAAUUUAUGCUGUUAAGGAUACAGUAAGUGG